UAGUAGGAAUGAAUGCCUUGAAUGGGAUGGAAAAGAAAGAAAAUGAAAAGAAAAGAACUUUCCUUUAUUAUGAAUCACCCUCUCCUCACUUUUCUUGACACUUUUAUAGUCACUUGUCGGCACCUUUCUUCUUCUGGAAUUUGCUUCGGUUCCACAAACUAUCUUCUUUGCGUCUUGCACACCAAGCUACUUCAGUUCUGCAAUCCAAUAUUUCAAUGGUGGGUCUUCAAACUCUAUUAUUUCAUUAAGGCUGUAAUUAUGUAUGUAAGUGUGUCAAUUCAUUUCUACAUUCAAUUCUCAUGUUGAUUAAUUACUCAAUUGUAUUGUGCCCAUGCAAUUAAAUUUGCUGUUUUAGAUUUCUUAGCUCUUAAAAUGAUAUACUUCAAUGUUUCAUGAGGACAAUAAAUUGAUACAUACAUUAUGGCCGAAAUACCAAAUUUUGGGGCAUCAAAUUAUAUUAUGUUUCUUGUACAUGGAAUGAGCUUUAAUUAAUAAAAUCCUAUAAUGUUUAGCCAAAUUUUUAUUUUGAUGCAGUUUACGUUCACUGGAGUUCUAUACUUUUGUGCUGCUGUCAAUUUUACGUGCUGCUGGAGUACAACGAGAAUUAGACCAUGCUUCUAUAAUUUUAAUAUUUCGAAAUUGGGAAUGAACUAAAAUUUGUGUAAUGUAGGAAUAAAUAUAACUUGUUUUACCCAAGUACAUACACACGUCCGUAGGAAAAGAACCAUACUCACGAUGAACAUAAAGGACUAGAUUAUGUACACUAAGACCAAUACCAAUGAACAUGUACCAACUAGAGAUGUAUAUAUGUUCAUUCAACUUGUUAUCUAUGUACAUAUGUUCACUUGACUUGUUAUCCAUGUACAUUUGCGCACCAUGAUCUAUGUACUAGCAUGUGCCCCAUCUCAGCUUUGCUUAUUUCGAAAAUAAUUUGCUCAUUUGGUAAUUGUAAAUGAGCCUAAAUAUUUUUUGUGUUUCUUUUUGGUUGGCUCGUUUCUUUUCGUCACAUAUAUUGAUGAGAGGAGUCAUGUCGAGUACAAAACAGUGGCUAAAUAGGAAAAUACAGGUCAGCUAAAGAGAAAUAAAGGUAGUUGUUACAAGAGAAGAAUAUAUUCCGCUCAUUUUGAAGAAAAUUUGCCCAUUUGGUAAAUGUAAAACAACCAAAAUAGGUACAAGAAAGGAAUAGCUUCCAUACAUUUGCUCAUAUGGUAAAUAUAAAUGAACUAGAAAAACCCAUCAAAUUUGACUUGUCGUAGAAAGAUGCUCGCUAUACCUAUAAGCUCUAGAUUUUUUUAAUUAUCAUUUUUAAAAUAUUGAAUGAUUUGCCUAGGUGAUGCUCUAACCAUUUUAAUAACCCAAUUUGACCAUUCUGAGAAUAAUGUGUUCAUGCUGUUAUGUAGAGUUAAGUUAAGAACCCAACUUCCAAACUUAUCCAAACCAAUCACGUAGGCACCAUUUCUACCAGCAGUUAACAGAUCUGAACCCAAUUUACAUUAAUAAUUUUUAGAAAGAAAUUUUGACAAUUUGAUAAUCUGUUCAAAUGCGUAAGGCAGAACGAACUAAAAAGAGGAUCGAAGAAUCUAUGCAUAUGCAUCAUUCCAAACCUGGGGAAUGUAAGAGAAGUAACACAGCAGUAAGAAGCAAGGGAUGGAAUUUAUUACUUUACCCAUAGCUAACUAAUAAAAAAAGUAAGACUCGUGCUAAGGAUCUUUUAAACAAGAAGUAAUGGGAUCAAUGGCAGAGUCUUUAGCAGUUGAUGCAGUGAAAGCAGUGGCGCAAUUGGUGGGAGCGCAAGCUUGGGAUGAGAUAAAUCUUGCAUGGGGUUUCCAAGAUCACCUUGAAAAACUCAAGGACAAGUUCUUGGACACCCAAGCUUUCCUAGAGGAUGUAGGAAGUGCAAAGCAUGCAGAGAAGAGCCAAGUUGUUAACCGUUGGCUUGAAAAAGUCAAGGAUGUGGCUUAUCUUGCUGACAAUAUCAUGGAUGACUAUGCCUACCGAAUCCUCCGCAGAAAACUUGAGCUGGGAAAGAACAUCUCAUUGAAGAAGUUGUGCAACUUCUUCAGUUGCAACAAUAACACCAUAAUCUUCCGCUUUUGGAUGACUCACAAGGUGCGUGAGAUCCUUUCCAAGUUCGAUGAGCUGGACAAGGAAGCCCAUAGAAUUGGUAUCCGACAGGUGAAGCUUUCACGUGAAGCAAUUACCACUGCAUCUUACUAUGAGGAUGGUGAGAAUGCCAACUUGUAUCAAGUUCGAAAACAUGCUACUGCACGUGCUUCUGAAUUCGUAGGUAGGAAGGAUGAUGAGAAGAAGUUACUGCAAAUGAUUUGCAACACCACUAAUAUGGAGGGUGAUCUGUCCACCAUUGCCAUCCUUGGAAUUGGAGGUCUUGGCAAGACAACUCUAGCUAGACGUCUAUAUGAGCACGAGGAAGUUGAUGGACAUUUUGGGGAGAAAAAGGUUUGGAUAUGUGUGUCUGAGACUUUCCAUAUCGAAAGACUUUUGAAGGAGAUGCUUGAAUCACUUACAUCACGUAGAAUUGAUCUGUCUAACACUGGUGCGAUCAUAAAGAAACUUCAAGAAGAGUUAAAGGGAAUGAAAUUCUUACUUGUGCUUGAUGAUGUAUGGAACAAGAAUCAGGAGUUAUGGGAUUAUUUAAAAUCUGAACUGCAGAGAAUCGGCGAUGCAUCAGGAAGUGUAGUUUUAAUUACCACUCGUAGCGUUGAAGUUGCAACCAAAGCCCGAGCCAUCUAUCAGCACAAGUUGGAAGGAUUAUCGGAAGACGAUGGUUGGGCUUUGUUGAAGCAUAAAGUUUUUGCUAGUGAAAGGUUGCUAAGCAUUUCUGAAUUUGAGGAUAUUGGUAGAAGGAUUGUGAAGAAGUGUAAGGGAGUUCCUUUGGCAAUAAAAGCGAUGAGAGGCUUUUUGCAGUCAAAGAAGCAUCCAUCUGAAUGGGAAUCGAUAGUGACAAGUGAAUUUUGGGAUUUGCCACAAGUUGAUGAAAACUCAAUCUUACCAUCCUUAUUGCUGAGCUACAACCAUUUACCAUCUGUAAAUGUAAAGCAGUGUUUCGCUUACUGUGCCAUUUUCCCUAAAGACAGCAAACUGAAGAAGCAUGUUUUGAUUUCACUUUGGAUGGCUCAGGGCUUCCUCCAUGAAUCAAAAAUGAACAACUUAUCGUGCACAAUGGAAAAAGCUGGUGAGAGAUAUUUUGAUGUUCUACUGAACAAUUCGUUCUUACAAGAGGAAGAAGAAGUCGACGUAAUCGGUGAGAUUAGUUGGUAUAAAAUGCAUGAUUUAGUGCAUGAUCUUGCAGCCUUUAUUUCAAAAAAGGAUUUGUUUGUCUGGAAAUCAGGGGCCAAACUAGAGGAUAUCUUCAGUGUACGACAUAUUGUUAUCGAUUCUGGAAAGGAUGAAAUAACGCCAGAAAUUCCUACCAUAGUGGCAAUACGUAAUCUAAGGACAAUAAGUAUUUGGGGAGGUGUAUUAAGGUGGGAUUCAGUCAUUUUCGCGCGGUACAUGCGAGUAUUAAUCAUGGUUAAUAUUGAUCUACGAGAGAUUCCUCCUGUUAUUGGGCAGCUUAUACAUUUAAGGUAUCUUGACCUCUCUGAGAAUUAUAUAAAAGCAUUACCCGAGUCAAUCUGUAAACUUUAUCAAUUACAAACUCUAAGACUCUGGCACACCAUCAUAUUGUGCGAGCUACCUAAAGAACUGCAUAGGUUGGAAAAUUUAAGACAUAUAGAGACAACAGAUUACUUGUCGGCAUCAAGAGGACUACGACAAUUAACCAGCCUGCAAACGCUACCUCAUCUUAAGUUACGUGAUGGAGAAGGGUGGACAAUUGAUGAAUUAGGCCCUCUGCAUCAAGUAAGGGGUAAGUUGUACAUCAAGGGUCUUGAAGUUGUGAAGAACAAGGAAGAAGCACAAAAAGCUAUUCUUUGUAGAAAGGAUGGAAUUUCGGAAUUAAAAUUGGAAUGGGAAUCAUUUUGGCGGUGUAUACAAGGAAGUGACAACAACAAUUUGGAUAAGGAUGUUUUAGGUAGUCUUGAACCUCACCCAAACAUAAAAUCAUUAAGUGUAUCAGGAUUCAUGGGGGAAAGCUUUCCUUCUUGGAUAAUGACAAUGGUUGUAAAGCAAAGAGAUGUUACAAGCUCUCUUAGUAACCUCGCAAGCGUGGAACUAAGUGGUUGCAAGAGAUGCCAACAACUUCCUACACUCGGGCAACUACCUUUUUUGACGAUUUUGAAGCUAGAAGAAUUCGAGAAAGUGGAAUGUAUAGGCGAUGAGUUUUAUCAAAGCAGCACCAUCGCUGCAACAAAGCUUCAUCGUCUGGGUGCAGCAGGAGUAAUAUUUCGGGCUUUGAGGAAGCUUUAUGUUAAGAAUUUUGAGAGUUUGACCUCUUGGAUGUCACCAUCCCCGGCACUUGUGGCAACUGCUUUUCCUAGUCUUGAAACUCUAGAAAUAGAGAGAUGCCCAUUGCUGAAAAUGGUGCCAGCUUUUAAUUUUCAAUCCUUAAAGCAUCUAGAACUUGAAGAUCUUGGUGGCGCUCAACCAUUGGAUCUCAUAAGAUAUAGUCACAAUCUCAACUCACUCAGUGUACAUGAUAUUCUUGAAAUGCAAAGUCUACCUCAAGAGCUAUUAAAUUGUACUAACCUGCAGAAGUUACAUAUAUCGAGUUGUGAGAAUCUGAAGUAUUUGCCCAACGAAAUGUUAAGAUCUCUAACAGAGUUGGGAAUAUGGGAUUGCCCGUCUUUGACAUGUAUUCCAACUAGUUUGGGAGAAUGCACAUCUUUGAAGUCUUUGAGUAUAAGCGAUUGUCCAUCAAUACAAGGUCCUCUCCCAGAUUUAAGCACAUUGCAGGGCCUUGGGGAACUGGAUUUGGUUGAUUCGGGAAAGUUAAUGACUUCUGCAGCAAAGUGGAUUUCACAUCUCCAUCGCCUUUGGGAAUUGGAAAUAGGCGGGUUUAAAGAUGAAGAAGAAUUCAAACACUUCUUAUCUAGCAUGACUCUCCCACUCACCUUCAUAUCAAACCAAUCCCUUACGCGGCUUACUUUGAAGGCUUGCCCAAAUGUGAAGGCUCUACCUGAACAACUUCAAGUCUUCCUUACUCCUAGUCUUGAAUUUCUGCAAAUUUGGAGAUUUCAUGAUCUAGAAGGACUUCCAGAGUGGAUAGGCAAUUUUUCAUCUCUUGAAAUGUUGGUAGUAAUAGAGUGCGAGAAUUUGAAAUUUUUGCCUUCGAAACAGGCCAUGUUGCGUCUCUGCAAGUUAGAGAUGCUCAUUUUCCAUGGGUGCCCUCUAUUGGAAGAAAGAUGUGCCAAAGACACUGGACCUGAAUGGAUCAAAAUCUCACAUGUUCCUUUCAUUGAUUUUUAUAAAAUCCUUCCAGAAUCGGGGUAGCUCAAGAAGAAAGCAGAUGAAGUUGAUGAUUCUGGUGACUCUCUGCUAUCCGUUUUGUUGUGACUGGCAAAUGGACUUGAGUCAUCCUGGGCUUUACUCAACGGCUCGUAUUCCUUCUCCGACAAAAAUGUAUCAUUACAGUGAAGUUUCCAUGGUUCACCACUGCGUUUAGCCUUCAAUAAUGGAACGGGAGGUGAAAACUUGGGUAUACUUGCAGUGUCAAUAAGAAAAUCUUCCAACGUUGCUAGAGAUUUUAGCUGGUUUCCUAGAGAUAUGAUUGUCUGUUGACAAUCUGCAAGCUUUCCAGCUGCUACAGCAAGAUCCUCCUGCAUAUUACACAUAUGUAUUAGCAUCAAACUGUAUUCAGUUUCCAGUUUUAUACUUUUUACUACUAGAAGACAGGAAUUCAUUUGACUAUACUGUUACUACUCUUGCAUACUAAUAUAUAUACCGCAAAAGAAGAGAGCAAUUUAUGCAUUUCAA